AGAGGUCGAGGUCCGAGUUGCGCCGCCAGCUGUUCCGGCGACACGUCGAGCAGCGUACAGUGUCUGUCUGCCUCGCUUGCAACCGGCCCUCUUUUCCUCUCUUUCGCCUCGAACAUCCCGGCACACGAGGCACGAGACCGCGUACCGGAUCGAGCAUCGAGACCUCGCACCACAGCUCCGAAAAGCACGCACACACGGUCCCCGCCGCUAGCAGAACAUGUCGCUGAUCGUCGGCUGCUGGCGACGACUCACCGAGACACCGGUCAGAACCGAGCUAAAGGGCUACAAGGUCACCGACGUGAACCGCACGCGGAAGUUCGGCAUCGCGUGCAGAAGCCUUCAGGAACUGAAGCGAAAAGCCUGUGCGAAGCUGAACGUUACAACAGACCUCGCUGAAGUCAAUGUCUUCCUGCUGGACGGAUCGCUGAUCGACGAGGAGUACUUUUCUACCCUGGCGCCUCAGACAACGCUGAUCGUCCAGAACCCUGGCGAGAAGGUGCUAAGCGAUGCGGACCUCCUGUACGACACCUUGAGGCGCGUCAACAUCGAUUUCCUGGCAGCCGGCGACAAGGCGUCCGAGUUCAUCACGGAAAACCUUAAGGCGAAGGUCGCCGUUCUAAAUAGCAUUCUGAACAAUGACGAUUCGAAAACCGCGCUCACCGGCAGGGACGAGCACCCGGAGUGGUUUCGCGGUUUGGAGACCAACUAUACGACCAAAGAGGCGUACCUGCACCGCAGGUGUCAGGACAGGAUACGCGGCUAUCUCUACAAAACGAUCGAUCAGAUCAAGUCGUCGGAGACGUUCGCGAACGACCACACGGCUAGGAAGCAACUGUUGUACGCCAUAGCGUUCUUCAAGAUGCAACUGAAGGAAGAUCACUACUUCGGUUACUACUUUGAUCGAAGUCGAGCGACGAUCGCCUCGACAGAGUCCGUCGACGAACGGGACUCGUCGACCUGUUACGAUCAUUGCCCGUGCAGACUAAGUCGGCUCGACGACAGCACGUACUUCCGGUUAUUCGGGGCAACCCACUUGUCCUGCGUGGACGGUCCGAUGAAACGGUCGAACUCGAAUUCGAGGACAGAGGAAGAGGACGCGGAGAACGAUUGUCCUUACAAGGUCCGAACGAAAGAAAGAGCGACCUGCGUCGCGAUCUGUGAUAACAAAGGCGAAUUUAGAUGCGGCGGCGUCUGGAAUGCAGACAACUGUGCUUACGGAGAUAGACACAGAAUCAACCCUUACAGGUCGAGGGAGGAACUGAUCCUGUUCUCCACAUGGAAUCUCGACCAUGUAAUCGAGAGAUCCAGAACCUUGAUACCGCAAUUUUUGAAACUAUCAUCGCAAGGAAGUGCCAGGGAGGAGGACAUCUUCGCGCUUUACGACAAUCUGUUCACGGUGAAAAACUUGAGGCUGGUUCACAUCGUGUGCCACGACAAGGGCACGCACAAAUAAACAUUAUCGCAUAAAAACGACCGAUCGAAAGAAAGGUCCGAUGA